AUGCCACUUCUUCGGCGAUCUGGUCGAUGGCGAGCAGCUCAGGACGAUCAGUCAGAUCAGUCAGAUCACAAUGCUAAUGUCCGCACCAGACCUAAGAGACAAACCCGCUCCACUGCUGCGCCAACAUCAGUGUCUGUCUCACCGUCGACAUCACCAUCACCAUCAUUAUCACAAUCAGAUUCAACUGAAGAGCCCCGCAGAUCUCUUCGUCUCACUUUGAAAAUGCCCACAGGCAAGUUACGCGAGGCCACGGGAGGUCGCGCAGCAGCGCGACGAUCUGUCAAUGUAUUCCAAGAAAAUCCCAUUGUCUCAGGACCUCGAGCUAGUCGCACCAAAAAGAAGCUCGUAGAGGUUGCCACAUCAGAUGAGGACCUUGACGACCAAGAGGAAGAUGAAGUUGACGACGAAGAUGCCCCAGGAGAAGACGAUGAAGAUGCUGAUGCUGACGGUGACGUGGAUAUGGAUGAAGCUCCCCCUCAAGCACCAGCAAGACGGGCUGCUAAACCAGCUGCAUCUAAUCGGGGAAAGAACGUUCAGAGCGUUGAAGAGAAGGAAAUGGAAUUAGAAGAAGAAGAAGAGGACGAGGACGAGGAUGAGGAGGCUGUUUCAGACACAGAUUCAGACGCCGAUGGUGAACCUGAUGAUCAGGAUGAAAGCGCCGUGCCAGAUGUCAAUGUCGACGAUUUGGAUGAGGAGGACGAAGAAGAUGAAUUGGAUGACGACAUAGAUAGCGAGGCCAUGGAUGGCGGCAAGCAGACCAAGCGCCAACGUGGAAAUCUGGGCAACGAUUUCCUACAACUUCCAAUGGAGCCCCAAGUCAAGAAGCAUUUAACAGCCGAGGAGCGUGCCAUGAGACGUACAGAGAUGGCUCGACGCAGGAAAAACCUGAGCGAGAAACGCAACGAGGAAGAAAAGAUGGACACAAUCAACCGACUACUCAGAAAGCAGCCUCCCAAGAGGCGCGGCCGAGCUGCCGCGGGAGACGGUUCUACACCAGCCGACCAAGAAGCCGGGGAGCCCGAAAAGGCAGACCCCACGAUGGUUCGAUGGGUUAGCAAUGCCAAUGGCUGCAGAGUGAGCGUGCCCGAAGAAUGGAUUGGUACACCCGCAGGCCGACUGUUCGGAGGGCCUCUCAAUGGAAAUGGGAAAAUGGUGGAAGAACUUUAA